CGCUUCUAGACCGCCGAAAACUAAAUCCGUGCUCCGGCAUUUCACAGUUCUGGCUGCUGUGUGGUUCCUCUAAGGCUGGUUGUGCACUGAGAUACUGGUUAUGCUUGGCAGAUAACGAAUGGCACGGAGUCUGGCUGGCUGGUAACCAAAUUGCUAGUACGAAAACAAAUUGAGAGGAAUGGUUUCUGCAUCUUACCAGACCUGAACGCUGAAUUGCCCUUGUGUGCAUUAGUUUUCAGUUCUGUGGAUAGAUCUUAGAUGGAGAUUCAGAUUGGGACUUUCAUUGGUGCCAGAUAAAUAAUUAUUUGGAAGAGGCAAGCAAGUGGAAAGUAAUCUGUAACCCCUUUCAAAGAAUACUGAAUUUCUAAGGUAUUAAAAUAUGCUGUUGUCAAUAGGAAUGCUGAUGUUGUCUGCCACUCAGAUAUACACCAUUUUGACUGUUCAGUUAUUUGCUUUCCUGAAUCUUUUACCCGUGGAGGCAGAUAUUUUAGCAUAUAACCUUGAAAAUGGAACCCAGACCUUUGAUGAUCUACCUGCUAGAUUUGGCUACAGACUUCCAGCAGAAGGCUUGAAGGGAUUCUUAAUAAAUUCAAAACCAGAGAAUGCAUGUGAGCCUAUAGCACCACCUCCGCUGAAAGACAACUCGUCCAGUGCUUUUAUUGUGUUAAUUCGAAGGCUUGAGUGCAACUUUGAUGUCAAGGUUUUAAAUGCACAGAGAGCUGGAUACAAGGCAGCUAUAGUUCACAAUGUUGAUUCUGAUGACCUCAUAAGCAUGGGAUCCAACGACAUUGAAGUUUUAAAGAAGAUUGUCAUUCCUUCUGUCUUUAUUGGCGAGACAUCAGCUAAUUCUCUUAAAGAAGAAUUUACUUAUGAAAAGGGUGGCCAUGUUGUGUUAAUUCCAGAGUUCAGUCUUCCUUUGGAGUACUACUUAAUCCCUUUCCUAAUAAUAGUAGGGAUCUGUCUUAUUCUCAUCGUCAUAUUUAUGAUCACAAAAUUCGUGCAAGACAGACACAGAGCAAGACGGAAUCGGCUUAGGAAGGAUCAGCUUAAGAAAAUUCCUGUACAUAAAUUUAAGAAAGGAGAUGAAUAUGAUGUGUGUGCCAUUUGUCUGGAUGAAUAUGAGGAUGGAGACAAGCUCAGAAUCCUUCCAUGUUCUCAUGCAUAUCACUGCAAGUGUGUGGACCCGUGGCUGACAAAAACAAAAAAAACAUGUCCUGUGUGUAAGCAGAAAGUGGUCCCUUCUCAGGGGGACUCUGACUCCGAAACAGACAGUAGUCAAGAAGAGAAUGAAGUGUCUGAAAAUACUCCUUUGCUUAGACCAUUAGCCUCAGUUAGUACCCAGUCAUUCGGGGCUUUGUCAGAAUCUCAUUCCCAUCAGAACAUGACCGAGUCCUCAGAAUAUGAGGAGGAUGACAAUGACAAUAUCGAUAGCAGUGAUGCAGAAAACGGAAUAAACGAAGAAAGCGUAGUGGUUCAACUACAGCCCAAUGACGAAAGGGAGUACAGAGUGGCAAAUACUGUUUGAGACUACUAAUGAUGAGUUAGCGUAUGAACAAAAGAGUUCUUAAGGCUAUACUUUACAAACCUUUACGUAGGGAAUAUAUUUUAAUCUGUAAUCUGUUUGGUUUCUUCAAUAGGAGCAGCAGUUCAUGUAGUAGUACUAUGGUUAAAUCAUUACAGAUAGUUUUAUUUUUGAUUCAGGUAUUCAGUCACACAUUCUGUCUUCUCAAAAUGAACAGUUUAACUGGACUUCACAAUGCUAAUGGAUAAUGUUAAUAGUUUAUAUCAAUAGAAAUAUCACACAGACUUUAAAUGUAUCUUGUUGAAAUGGGAUUUAUCUGGAAGUCUUUUUUUUUUUUUCCAUUUUGUAGCUACAACUGGGUCAUACUGAUAGCAAUAUUUAUUACAUGUAUGGUAUGUGUUACCCUUUAAGCCCAACAAAAAAAUGUAUUUGCAUGUUUGUAUAGAGUUUUCCUAAAAACCGUCACCGCUACUGAAAGAAAAAUGUAGAACAGAUCAAUAUUCUAUAUGCUGGUGUAUCAAAACAGAGCAGAAGAAAUUCCACUUUUAUCUCAAAGCAGCGAUUCCAAAUAAUCCUUUGGAGUUUGCCACAGUAGCUGAAUUUAAGUAGAUCCAUCGAGCAAUUCCUAGGAUAAGGAAACUUAGAAUAUAUGUUGAGUUUUGAGCAAUUCACAAGGCAAGAUCCACCAUAAACACAUUCAUUAUUCCUACUUGCUGCUAUGAUGUAGUCUGGUUUCCAGUGAUGAUGUGGGAGUUGGGGGGGAGGAGAGGGGUAUGUGACCAAAACAGAGGUUUUGUUCCACAUAGAAAAAUAAUUUUAGGUAAGUAUUCUAUUGAUCCUCAACUCAUAUACCUCUUACUAAAGAGCAUUUUAUGCUGCAUUAGUCUGCUAAACUAUGUAUAUGGAAAAAUUGUUCUUUUCAAAUACCUAAUUUGAAAACAAGUGCUUAUAACUGUUUAACAGAACUCAGUACUUACCAGUGUAUCAUGAAAAAAGUAAAAGCUAUAUAAUACCUCUGUAACUAUGUAGAAAGUAAAAACAUACAUAUAAUCGAAAUGCAGAGAUUUUUUUUAUAUGGCCUUGAAUAAGGAAAGCUUGAAAGAAUGUUAAUAAACAUGUUUUCCACUUUAAGUAUCAGAAGGAAUUUAUUGAACUUCAGCAUUACUUGCGUUCAUUGUGUACUCUCUGACAUUUGUUACUAAGGUUAAAGUAUUUUUAAAGAUGCAGACCAUGCAACUGUUGGGAUUCCUUAGUAAACAUUAACCCACAUUGUGCUGCGUAUCACAGUACAAAGUGCUGUACUGAUGAGUACUGUAUGCAGGAGGGACUAAGUUACAGAGAGAAACUUAAUUUUUGUUCAGUUCUAGUUUGAGGAGAAGUUUGAAUGAGUCUGGGUCUGUACAUGUAACUUGUAUGGGGAGAGGGAAGGAGGACUGGAGUGCUAUUGGUAUUUCCUGCCCACCCGCCAACACCUCCAGAGCUGCAGCCUGUGAGCCCGUGUUCGGGAAGUCAGAAAACCAAGUCCUGGACUGAGGCGAUGACAGGUGAGGCGUUCCUGUUUGUGAUUUCUGACCCAAUACACAGCACAGCUACACCCUCCUUGCUUCAGCCUGGCAAUGGAAAUCAAUUCUCUGGGACUGGCUAAGAGCAGAGGAAGUUUAUUUUGCAGAAUGAGGCGUGGUAAAAGGAUAAUAAUGAAAGAACGAUUCAUCUUCACACCACUGCUGCCAGCAAUCCAUGGGGUUAGUGACAAACAACGUAUUACUGUAUUUUCACCGUGUAAAAUUCCACUUCAGCUCACAUAUGUCUAGUUAAGUCCAAAUGUGAAAACUGGUUUCUGAAAACUUACUAAGCUGGAAGAUGUUUCUUAAAAUAAGUUCCCGCUGUUAUGUUAUGAGUGUAUGUGUUUAUUCAUAAUUGUAUUUUGGGCACCCCAAAACCUGAAGGGAUCCAAACCCACGAACUGAAGUAAACUUUAAUAUACGCUGUAUGUAACUCCAGUAUUUGCUGCAAUGACAAAAAGUAAAAUGACACGCUUUUUACCAGUUUCUCACCUGUUCUCCAUGCUAUACAGAACAAAUGGGUGCAGCAAAGGAUCUUCUGUUUCCAUCCCAAAUAUACUGUAUUUUUUUUAAACUGUUCCAUUUUCUAAAUUUCCUAAUGGUAUUAAUGUAAACUUUAUUUCAGUGGGCCUUCCUUGGUGGUAAAUGUUGUAGCGGUACUGCCCCUGCCAUACCUCCCUUGUGCCACAGAUAGAGUUUACUUGUCACUUGCCAUUGCCAGCGAGAAUGAAAAUGAAAGAAGGAAUAGCACUUUAUUAGAAAUACUUCGGAAGGUCAAGUAUCUCUUAGCAUCUCUAAGUAGAAUUCACGUAUUUUUUUCCUGGGGCUAUGACCUACUACAUUACCUAGAUGACGUAGCACCAUUUCCUCACCAUAUACUGUGAACAACUGACUCCUGGGGCUUUUUGCUUCUGUGAAUUCUCUU